ACCGUCAACAACCGAGCUGUGCGACAGUGCGAAAGAGAGAGCGAUUCGGUGCGAAAGAGAGAUAGCAACAGAGUGGGAGAAAAGUAUCAAAUCUAAAGCCGAAAAACGGCAGAUCGGAAAUGAAGUAAAACCUUUUGGUAGACUUUUCUCGCCGUGUAGCCCACUCUCUUCGCCCAUGGCUACCUACCUCCCUCGUCGGGCUGAGGAGGAGGUUCGAGUUCGGCCCGCAGGCCUGGUGGUCUUAUCUUAGGAGGAGUACGCGAAGAAUUCGCGGCUGCAAUACGACACCAACAGCCUGCAGACAGACGCUCCCAGAUCGCCAAGUAUGUCAGUCACACUCUUCUCGUCCGCUUUGCAUUGUUUUGAGUGAGCGAAAAUUAAUAAUAGACUUUCAAUUCAUUAAUAAGAACCAAACAAAGGCGAACAUAUUUGCAUAGAGUGCACCGGAGCAACAAGUGCAAUAGGAAUCGAACAGAAGCGGGAAGAAAACUGUCUCAAAGUCGAAUCCCGAAGUUUACUGAACUUUCCCCAAACCGAGAGAGAGAUACGGCGAAAUGGUUCGGCAGUUCUCGCCCUGGAAGGUUCUCACCCGGCGCAAGAAUCUCCAGGCCGACGGCAGCGAGGGGGAGACGAAGCUCAACCGAGUGCUGGGUCUAUGGGAUCUCACGGCCCUGGGAGUGGGAUCGACCCUGGGAGCAGGGGUCUAUGUGCUGGCCGGACAGAUAGCCAAGGAUCAGGCGGGCCCCUCGGUGAUGAUAUCGUUUGCCAUAGCCGCACUGGCUUCUCUGCUAGCGGGUGUUUGCUAUGCGGAAUUUGGAGCCCGAGUUCCCAAGGCGGGCUCGGCCUAUGUGUAUAGUUAUGUCUGCAUUGGGGAGUUCGUGGCCUUCGUCAUUGGCUGGAAUCUCAUUUUGGAAUAUGUCAUUGGCACGGCGAGUGUUUGUAGGGGCAUCAGCCUGUACCUGGACUCCUUGCUGAAUGAUACCUUGAAGAACACAUUUGCCGACGUGGCGCCUAUGAAUGUAAGCUUUCUAGGCAGCUACUUUGACUUUUUGGCCUUUGGCUUGGUGGUCGUUUUUGGAGUGGCACUUGCCUUUGGUGUGGAGACAUCAACGAUGGCUAACAAUUUUGUCACCUGCCUGAAUAUUUUCAUUCUGGGAUUUGUCAUAAUUGCUGGCGCCAUAAGAGCCGACUUCUCCAACUGGACUGUGGAUCCGAGCACUGUCAGUGCGAAUUCUACCAUCGGAGCAGGGGGUUUUUUCCCCUUCGGAUUCGAGGGAACUCUCCGUGGAGCUGCCACCUGCUUUUUUGGCUUCGUGGGAUUCGAUUGCAUCGCCACCACCGGAGAAGAGGUUCGGAACCCUCGCAAAAACAUUCCAAAGUCCAUUCUGCUCUCUCUGCUGAUCAUCUUCCUGUGCUACUUCGGAGUGUCCACUGUACUGACACUGAUGCUGCCAUACUAUCUCCAAGAUGCAAACGCACCUCUACCGUAUGCCUUCGAAUACGUGGGUUGGCCAGUGGCCAUGUGGAUAGUCACCGUGGGAGGUUUGGUGGGUCUGCUGGCUAGUCUCUUUGGAGCCCUGUUCCCACUGCCCAGAGUGAUGUACUCGAUGGCCCAGGAUGGUCUUUUAUUCCGAUUUCUGGGCAAGGUGAGUCCGAGGUUCCGAGUCCCAGUCACUGGAUCCAUUGUGGCAGCUCUUUUCACGGCGGCAAUCGCUGGACUCUUCGACCUGGCCCAGUUGGUCAGCCUGCUCUCCAUCGGCACUUUGUUGGCCUACAGCGUUGUGGCCAUAUCGAUAAUGCUUCUCCGAUACAUGGACUAUUGUGAGGAGGAGAAUCCAGGUCAGAGGGAAGUUAGGGCUUCGGAAACCACUUCUUUGACCUCGAGCUCCGAGCGAUUUACUUUCGGCUCUGUUUGCACACAGCUUUUCAAUGUUCAUCGCAUCCAGGAACCAACUUCGAUAUCCUCCAGAAUCGUGGGAGUGCUGGCUACACUAUUUUGCCUGAUUUCCUUGGGCAUAGGAGUGCUGAUAACGCAGGCCCACCAUUUGAUUGCCUCUAAGGAGAUCUGGGCCUUGACACUCCUGGCUGUCCUGGUCUUGUUGAUGUUCCUGGUGAUCCUGCUCAUUUGUCUGCAGCCCAGAGAAGCACGCCGCAGACUAUUCCGAGUGCCUUUUGUACCUAUUGUACCCGCCAUCAGUAUCUUCAUCAACAUAUAUCUAAUGCUCCAGCUGGACAGUUGGACGUGGAUUCGCUUCGGGGUCUGGAUGAUUGUGGGUAUUCCCGUGUUCCUUGCAUGCUGGUAUCUGUAUGAUUGCAAGAACCCGGAGAAGAGAAAUCCCGAAAGGUGGGCCUUCUACAAGGCGCUGAAGGGGUUGCAGGAGAGUCGAGAGCAGGAGUAUCACUGCAUCUCCAAGGAAAGUGUUUUGACCCUAGAAACGCAGCUGAAGAAAAGUCCCACCAGCAGUUUGAAUCAGAUUCAGAGCCUCAGUGAUGUGGGCGAGGACCUGAUCGAAGUUAAGCAUGCGAAUGGCAAGGUGUUCUAUAUGGAGGAUACCAAGAGUGAGAGUUCCACUGCCACUUUGGGCACCGACACCGAUUCCCCAUCGCGAGAGGAUGAACAGUCGGUGAUAGCCAUGCUGGACGACGUCCUGGACGCCGAGGAAAUGCAGCAGAGUCAGCAGGAGGUGCAGCUCCAGCAGCAGCUGAUUUUCGAGCGGCACUUCAGCCUGGACUCCGAGAUGUAUCCGAGUGGUAUAGAAACCGUCAUUGUGGCCACCGUUCACAGCAGCAGCGAUGAUGACGAGGUCCAAAGUGGCAAUACCCUGAAGCUGAGUAAAUACGAGGAGUGCAAGCUGGUGGCUCAUCAAAUGCUGGAGGAGCUGUUCAAUAGCGAGGCCUUCUACGAACAGUUGGAGAGAGUUAAGUCCAAAGAGGUUGCCCUGGUGACCGAGGAUAAUUCGGAGUUGGAUGCGCAAUCAGUAAGGGAAUCGGAGGACCAAAGGCCUGUUUUUAUACUGCAACGUCUGCCCUCGCAGACUUCCCUCAGGUCCCAGGCCUCCGCUGUGGAGGACCCCCUGCACUCGGCCAAGUUUAAAGACCGCUUGAGCCACAUCAUUAUGAAUGGCAAUGCCCACCAGGUGAAGGGGGUGGCCAAGAGGUCCGAGGAGGAGGAGGUGGAGCCGGUGGAGGCCCAGGUGGAGGAACCCAAAGCAAGGCCGAUGCUGAAGCAAUCGAAAAGCGAAACCGAUGUGCGUCGCCUAAUGCUCAAGGCCAUCAGUGAGCUGAAAAUCGACCAUAAUGAGACUGGUAAUGCUGAUGAGGUCCUCACCGAAGUGCCCGCCACUCCAGGAAGCCCCUCAAAGACCCCGGUUCCAGUUGCCGUUGCAGUUGUAGCAGUUGCAAUUCCAGGUGCCACUAGCAACAGCAUACCGCGUCCACCGAAAUUCGAUCCGGUGCUGUACAAGACCAUCAACAGCAUUAGUUUGCGCAAACAGCGACCCAGUUUGAGUCGGCCGCAUAUCGUGGAUGCCAAGAACCCGGCGCUCCUGCCACCGGAUUCGCAGUCGGAGGCGCGUCCGGAUCCUGGCGAGCAACCGGAGUCGAAGCCGUUGCCAUUCAAAGCCAAAUUGGAGGCCAUAUUGCAGCGGGGUCCCUCGCACCGUACGCAGCAACAUCCGGACUUGGUGCGUCGCCAGCGUCCGCAGUCCACCUACAUAGAGGUCGAGGAGGGGGAGAGCUGAGGGCUACGUACCCCUGUAUACACCCUAUGUAUACUUCGGACCCCCGAGCACAACCAACCCAUCCAACACCCCUGGUGCAGCCAAAGAGGGUGCCAUUUUCCCCCAGUUAAAAGUAGUUAAGUUCUGCAUGUCAAUCGGAAUGCAAAUGCAGCCUUGUACAUAUCUGACGUAGCUUUAGUUACAAGUAGUUACUAGUCAGUAGUUAGAAUGCUAUGCCCGCAAUCCUAGAUGAAAAGCACCAGGUGGAAUGCGAGGUACAAAGGAGGUGACUAGAAGGGGUUCUUCAAGAAUUGAAGAUGAUAUGAGAAAUGGAUAGACGGAACAGAGUUCCUAACACAUGGAAAUCAUAUUUUACGGUAAAAGAAUACUAUUUUGGGAUCUUUUUUAAUACUUAAUAUACUUUUCUAAAUUAAUUGAAAGUAGAUACGAAUGGGUUAUUAUUAAAACGAGAGCCCUGUCUUAGUCCUUAGACCUCGCAAUCCCCUAUAAAUUAACACGCAUGCUUAGCUAACGCAAACUAGUCCCUAAAGUAUUAUAUGAAGUGGUAUUAUAAACGUCAAAACCAAGUGCAUGCCCAAGAUACCUCUGAAUACGUAAACUAAUCGGUUCUGUACUCGCCUAGGACUGUCAAUAUAUUUUUUCUACGGACUGCCCAACAGCUACCGGGAAAUGAAGCGACAAAGGGCUGGAUGGCAGAAGCUCAAAUAUAGCGACCGUUUCUGAACGGGGAAACGUCGAAAUAUUGAUAAGUUUACAAUAUCCAUAUAGGUGUACGAACAUACACGAAUGCAUCACUAAGCCAAUUUGAUAAAUUGUGAACAAUUUGUUGGUUAUAAAUAAAAAUCUAGUUGUAAUUAAUAAAA